AGGAGCACGGCGAUGAUGUCCUGAGGUGACGUCACGCGAGUCCGUGCGGUUCCGUGACAUUUAGCGCCAAAACUUCCACCUGUGCUGUGUUUUCUUUUUCUCUUGUUUGUUUUUUGCCGUACUUUUUGGAUGGCGAGCGCGCGUCGACAACUUGCGCCAAACUUUGCGCCCCCGCCGCGGCCGAUCACGUGAAGCGCUGCCCCCGAGACCCCCCUACACCGCCGGGACGCCUCUCUUCCAGCAUGUUGGGCAGCCCGUCCAACAACGGCGGCGUCAGGAUGCUGGCGCCCCCGGCCCCCAGCGACGACCGGCGGGUGGAGUUCGUGGCGCUCACCGCCGUCCACACGGAGCGGAGCGAGCCGUCCACGCCGGAGCGAGGGCUGCCGUCUCACCGCACAGGGCUGCUGGGCACGCCGCUGCCGGGACCUCCGGGACCCCGGACCAACACGUCGGCCACCAGCAAGCGCUUCCGAAAGUUGCAGAACUGCUUGUACAACGUCCUGGAGAGACCCCGAGGAUGGGCCUUCAUCUACCACGUCUUCAUUUUUCUUCUGGUGUUCAGCUGCUUGGUGCUGUCCGUCUUCUCCACCAUCCGCGAACACCAGGACUUCGCCAACCAGGGCCUCUUCAUCCUAGAGUUUGUGAUGAUCGUGGUCUUCGGGCUGGAGUACUUCAUCAGGAUCUGGGCGGCGGGAUGCUGUUGCCGAUACCGCGGCUGGCAGGGGAGGCUGAGAUUCGCCCGGAAGCCCUUCUGCGUCAUCGACUUCAUCGUGUUUGUGGCGUCGCUGGCGGUGAUCGCGGCGGGCACGCAGGGCAACAUCUUCGCCACCUCGGCCCUGCGCAGCAUGCGCUUCCUGCAGAUCCUACGGAUGGUGCGCAUGGACCGGCGAGGAGGCACCUGGAAGCUGCUCGGAUCCGUGGUCUAUGCUCACAGCAAGGAGCUGAUUACGGCGUGGUACAUCGGCUUCCUGGUGCUCAUCUUUGCCUCCUUCCUGGUCUACCAGGCUGAGAAGGACGACAACACGGACUUCAGCAACUAUGCAGACUCCCUCUGGUGGGGGAUUAUAACGCUGACCACCAUCGGUUACGGCGACAAGAUCCCUCGCAGCUGGCAAGGUCGUCUUCUGGCGGCCGGCUUCGCUCUCUUGGGCGUCUCCUUCUUUGCCCUGCCUGCCGGAAUUCUGGGCUCGGGCUUUGCCUUGAAGGUGCAGGAGCAGCACCGGCAGAAGCACUUUGAGAAGAGACGCAUGCCUGCCGCCAACCUCAUCCAGGCGGCGUGGCGCCUCUACUCCACAGACGCCAAACACUCGUACCUGACGGCCACGUGGUACUUCUACGACAGCAUGCUGCCUUCCUUCAGAGAACUGACGCUACUGUUCAGUCACCUCCAGCGACAGCGUAACACCAACAAGAAGGUCCUGCACAACUCCUACCACACGCCGCUGUCAGGGCUGCGGCCCUACAGCGCCCCCUACCUGUCAGGGGACAGGAAGGCGGAAGCGCCAUGCAGUCAACUCCUCGCUAAAAAGCGGGGUCUCUUCCGGAUUCAUGCCGGGCGCAAGCAGAGCAGUAAAUUAGGCUUCCGGGAUCGCAUCAGGAUGAACAAUUCCCGAUCCAGCCAAGCCAUCCGCAGCAAGACCUCACCGCAGCCGCCCGCCCCCAGCGUGAGGCACUCCCCCAGCCAGGAGAACGUCCCGGAGGCCGGCAGCCCUGGGAAGGUGCAGAAGAGCUGGAGCUUCAACGACCGCACGCGCUUCCGCACCUCGUUGCGACUCAAAGCGCGCCCUCCCGCCUAUGUGGACGGGCUUGGCGAGGACAGCGUGGAGGACAAAGGCUACUGCGACGUGGCCAUGGAUGAGGUCAUCCCCGCCGUGAAGACGCUCAUCCGCGCUGUCAGCUCUUUUUGGUGCGUGUGCAGGAUUUUGAAGUUCCUGGUGGCCAAGAGGAAGUUCAAGGAGACGCUGCGUCCCUACGACGUGAAGGACGUCAUCGAGCAGUACUCGGCCGGACACCUGGACAUGCUGGGGCGCAUCAAGAGCCUGCAGAUGCGAGUGGACCAGAUCAUCGGGCGAGGGGCGGUCCAGCCCGACAAGAAGGCGCGGCCCGAAAAGGGCGAGAAAACACCGCCAGAGCUGGACUCUCUGGAUGAGCUCAGCAUGAUGGGCCGUGUGGUGAAAGUGGAGAAACAGAUUCAGUCCAUUGAGAACAAGCUGGACCUCCUGCUCAACUUCUACUCGCAGUGCCUGAAGAAAGGCUCCUCCCACCUCACCCUGUCCACCCUGCUGGACCCGGACCUGACCUCGGACUACCACAGCCCCACGGACCAAAGAGACCUUUUUCCGUCCGCCAACACGCUCAACAUCUCCCAGUCGGAGAGCUGCAACUUGGAGUCGCAGUGAGCGAAAACUACGGCAGGCUCCUAUUUUUUUCAUUUCUUUCUUCUUCUUUUUUUUUUUUUACCCUGCGUCCUCUGCUCCCGUAUCCUCACGACUGCUACAGCCGGAGGCCACUAGAGGGCCCCACUGAGCCACCUCGGACGCCUCUCCGUCCUGCAGACGAGGACGGAAAAGGGGAAACAAACUCUUGAACUUGUCGUCCAGCCCUGCUUGUUACUUCUAGCAAACAUUAGCAAAGCUAGUUUGGUGCAGAGCUGAUCCCGAUUCUGUCUGGUAAGUCCCCAAGGGUACUAAAGGUGGACAUGUGAGGGUACCCCCGUAGAGAUACUUUGGAUGGAUGAAUGUAAGCACAUUCACAAGGAAAAAAGUCCAUGUUUGUUGGUGCAUCGUUGCCCGUGCACGCUGGAGUGUACCUCCAUGUUUACGUACUGUAGCGGCAUUAUCACACCUGACGUGUGGCGUUCCGUGGUGAAAGAAGAAGAGUGCACCGUGCUGCAUGACGUAGAAGCUUUUAGGAAGGUCUGUCUAGGGCCUGGAUGCGUAAGGAGAUGGUCUGUGUGCCUUCCGCAAACAGACGUCGCCAUCUUCUGACCGUGCGUUGGAUUUUAUCGUUGUAAAUAUGUCUUCCUUUGAAAUGUACGCGUCAGCAGCUCCUCAGAGAAUGAAUGAAAUGUCACAUUGUUCUGUUUCCUGGCAUGGUGUCUUGCCCUCCGCUUCAUUAGGAACACCUGCACAAUCCAAUACAACAUCCAGGAUUACUGGAGGUAUUCAUUGAACCGUCUUUAUAAUUUGGGUUGUAGUUUGCAGUACCGUUCAACCGCACAGCAUCACAAUAAUAAGAAAUAGUUUUAUUCUGAAAAAAAAAUACCGUAUUUCCUCAAAUAGUGGUCAUGCCGCUUUUAAAGGGAUAGUGUGAAUUUUUUGACAUGAAGUUGUAUGACACCCCCAUCAGCAUUGGA